AUGAGCACUAAUGAAGAAAGUCGAAAACGAUCGAUUGAUCAAUUAGAGAAAGAAGAAGAUCCGCAAAAAUUAGAUCCUUUGGGAGAUCUUAAAAUAGACGAUGAUCAAGUGCUUAAAGACAUUAGGCAGAGGUCUGCUUGUCCUUCUUGUAAACGAUCAGUGAAAUAUUUUUGCUACAAGUGCUAUCAAGUUGUUGGUAUGGAUCGAUCCAAGCUACCCCACGUUCACUUACCUAUCCAUCUUGACGUUAUCAAACAUCAUAAAGAAUUGGAUGGUAAAUCCACAGCCAUUCAUGCUAAAAUAAUUUCGGACGAUAAAGAUGUAGACAUACAUACCUAUUGCCCACCCGAUCGUAUACCCCAAUUUGAAGAACCAGAAAAGGCGCUUCUUCUAUUUCCUGGACCGAGUGCUAAACAAUUAAAGGAUAUUCCAUCACUAGACUCCUUUAAUCGUGUGGUAGUUAUUGACGGAACAUGGCAUCAAGCCAAACAAAUAGCACACAAUACACCUAUUCUCAACAAAAUGCAAAAGGUCACUAUUGCACCGAGGAAAACUACAUUUUGGCGUUUCCAAAAUGUGGAUGACCAACAUUUGGCCACCAUUGAAGCCAUUUACUACUUUUACCGUGAAUAUUUCGAGGCUUGUCAACAACAGCAGCACCAAACGAAAUACGAUGGCCGUUUUGAUAAUCUGCUUUUUUAUUAUAAAUUCUUUUAUAAUUUAAUUCAGAGGACGUAUCAAACGAACAAAACAGCUAAAUUCAGCCAUCGACAUCAGCAAAAAGAUUAUAUCAAAAAUAGAGAGGAUAAAAGUGAAGAGAAGGAGGAAGAUAUCACAGACAGCAGCAGAAAUGGAAAGUGA